AAGAAGAAGAAUGAGAAUGAACUUGAGUGAUAUGCGCGGAUAUUACACCUCCACGUACCACAUUUCCAAACUCAUCAGACUUGACUUAGCCCACCAAUUAUAUCACGCCACGUCAUCUUCCCACGUUACCCUGUCAUCUCUCUCGCGCGUUGCUUGACAUCUCAAAGCUUCUGCCUUAGCUUCUCCUCACCGUUCUCUUCUCCAACACUCUGCAUCGGCGGACUGGGGCAGCAGCUUCACUACGCGUUCUGAGAGGCGGCUUUAGACGACUUAGGCAGACACUCCAUGGGAGUUUGACUACCUCGGCUGCAGGAAGGCCUUGAUGUCCGACUUCAACUGCUUCCUUCCAUUACUAUCGUUCAUGGGAGUUCGGCUACAGGAAGGCCUCGAUGUCUCAUACGACUUAGAUAACAUGCCUACAAAAUCUCACCUCACCUAUUGAGCUUUGGACAAAACUUGACCUGCAUAUAAAUUCUAACCAAACACUUUGAAAGGGCUUCACUAUGCACUUAACAACAUCGCCAUCUGCCCACCUUCAUCCUCGCUCUUCAGCUUUUACACUCCUCUCCUUUGCCUUGUUAGGAUGCCCCUACAUGAACAGAGUAACACCUAACAGACUUAGUAAUAAACUGACCUGCUUCUCUCCCUAUGUCUUUCUCCCCUGCUGAUAUGGGAAUGGGAGUAACUGCUCUUCCCGAAGCAGUAGGAGGGAGUUUGGGCCUCCACCAUAGUACUCCACAAAAGAGCAGCAGCCCCAGGACACCCAAGCCUGCAUAUAGGGUUUUGCUGCCUCUGCGCAGCCCCAACAAGUCACAUAUUGUGGUUCCACCUAUGAAACCCAAGUCCUCCGAUUGUUCUCGUAUAUCAACUAAAAAGAAGAAGAGGAAGAGUGUUUCCUCUACCACUCUGGACUGCACCACUUCUGAUGUCCUGAACUUAAUGGAUGCCCUUUGCCUCCCUGUCUCUCCUGACAUGUACACUUCUUUUAUAAGAGAAUGCACCAGCUCUGCUCACUCCCAUCGAGCUGAUGAUCUGCACGCCCAUAUCAGGCGAAGUGGCCUCCGGCAACCACCCUUAUCUUUACAGAAUCGCCUCCUCCUUAUGCAUGUCACCUGUGGCCAUUUAGACAUGGCCCGCCAUCUGUUUGAUGGAAUGCCCUCAAAAGAUUUUAAGUCCUGGGCCACCAUCAUAGUUGCUUAUCUUAACAGAGAUGAUUAUGAAGAAGCCAUGAAUUUGUUCCUGAAAAUGUUGCACCAUGUCAGCAUGCUAGAAUUCCCUACUUGGAUCAUGGUCUGUCUGCUCAAGUCGUGUAUAUGCACGAGUAAUAUGGAUUUAGGGAAACAAGUUCAUGGUUGCUCCUUAAAGUUGGGUCAUGCUAAUAAUUUGGUUCUGGCUAGUUCCUUGAUAAACUUUUAUGGGAAAUUUAGGUGUCUGGAAAGCACUGACAUAGUGUUUAACCAACUAGCCCAUCAUAAUUCACUGACAUGGAUUGCUAGACUGAUCAACAACUCUAGGGAAGAGCUCUUCUUUGAAGUAUUUAGAGACUUUAGGGAAAUUGGAAAGUCAGGAAUUAAGAAGAAUGCCUUGAUGUUUUCUAGUGUUUUGAAGGCAUGUGCGAGAAUGCAUGAUCGUGGGCAAUGCGGUCGACAAGUUCAUGCAAACGCCAUCAAACUUGGAUUAGAUACAGACGUGUAUGUGCAGUGUGGGCUGGUUGACAUGUAUGGAAGAAGUGGGCUUGUUAGAGAAGCAAAAAGGGUGUUUGAAAUGUGCUGUGACAAAAGUAGUAACGCAUGUUGGAAUGCCAUGAUUGGUGGUUAUAUACGAAAUGGGUUAUAUGUUGAGGCCAUUAAGUUCCUCUAUGAGAUGAAGGCAACUGGACUACAGCUUCAACCAUCUCUGCUAGAUGAACUGAGGAUUGCUUGUGGUAGUAAUACUCAUUCCCUUGAAGAACCUUACCCCACAUUGAAUGCUUAAAGCAACUUUGGUUUUUGAACAAGCAAAUAAAAGAUUGAAUGUCAAAACAGAGAAUGAAGUUAAAAAUUGGGAUAAGAAAGGCAUUGGAGCUAUUACCCUUAUUAUUGUUAAUAGAUUUUAGGAUCAUAAACUUGAAUGACAGAAUCUUGGCUAGCAAAUUUAGUACCAUUUUGUAUAUAUCAAUCAACAGUUCACUGUCUUUUGAUGGGAUCAAAGAUUUACAUAUAGUCGUCUAUUUUCAAACAAAAUGACAUUAGUGAUUGUUGUAUUUCUCUUUUUUUGGGUUCUUAAGAUUAAGGUUACAAUUCAUCGAUAUAUAUUAGAGUUGUUAGACUUGCUACGUUUAACGGUAAUGGUAAACUUCACUCUCCCUCA